GACCGCCCAACAUGGGCCGGCCCACAAUCGCGCGGCCUCUUCCUUGUCUUCGAAGGUCUGGAUCGAAGCGGCAAGUCCACACAGAGCAAGAAGAUUGCCUCGCACCUGGAGAAGGCAGGCCCCGUGAAGUGGAUGUGCUUCCCAAAUCGAAAGACGGCCAUCGGCCACACCAUCGACCUAUACCUGCGCAGGCAGCUGGAGCUUUCGGACGAAGUUGUACACCGGCUGUUUAGUGCCAACCGCUGGGAGAUGGCUGAGGCCAUCGUCCAGGACCUGCACGCAGGGACCACGAUCGUCUGUGACCGCUACGCCUUCUCGGGCGUGGCCUAUUCUGCAGCGAAAGGAAUGGACUUCACUUCGUGCCAAGGUCCAGACCGAGGGCUCCCCUGCCCAGAUGGGGUCUUCUUCAUGCACAUCGAUGAAAAGGUAGGCGCGGCGCGGUCCAACUUCGGCGACGAGCGCUACGAGAAUGCGGCCAUGCAGGCCAACGUCCGCGAGCAGUUCAAGGAUCAGCGCCUACGCGGCGGUGUUAACUGGCGAGACGUGGAUGGGGCCAGGGAUGUUGAGGUGAUCCACUCCGAAAUCCGAGAUGCUGUCGACGCCAUGCUGCAGAAGGAGCGACGGACGCAGAUGGUGGAGCAGCUGUGGAUGUAG